AUGGCCGGUGGGUCGACCUCAACGUCGGCUGAAUGCCUCCUGCGUGUGUGUGCAGAUAUUGCUGCACAGCUUGUUCAGGCACACGAGGAGUCGCGUCCAGUUUCUUUGAAUGCGAUCCGUGGAGCUACAUGCAAGAAACAUGGCUACGGGGGUGUGCCUCGUCUGACGGAUAUCAUUGCUGCGGUGCCAGACCAAUACAAAAAGGUGCUUGUUCCAGCCCUUCGAGCAAAGCCGAUUCGAAGUGCUAGCGGUAUUGCCGUGGUCGCUGUUAUGUGCAAGCCCCAUCGCUGCCCUCACAUCGCACUCACGGGCAACAUUUGUGUGUACUGCCCUGGAGGGCCGGAUUCCGACUUUGAGUACAGCACACAGUCCUAUACCGGCUACGAGCCUACAUCAAUGCGUGCCAUUCGUGCUCGCUACGAUCCCUAUGAGCAAAGUCGAGGGCGUGUGCAGCAGCUGCGCGAGCUGGGGCACAGUGUCGAUAAGGUUGAGUAUAUUAUCAUGGGUGGCACAUUCAUGAGUUUAUCAGAGUCAUAUCGCAAUGAGUUCAUUGCACAGCUUCACAAUGCGCUGAGUGGACAUACUGGACUUGAUGUUGAUGAGGCUGUGCGGUUCUCGGAGCGCUCUCAAACUAAAUGCAUUGGUAUUACGAUCGAGACACGUCCUGACUAUUGUCUGCGGCCGCACCUGUCUCAAAUGCUCCGAUACGGAUGCACCCGACUUGAGAUCGGCGUGCAAAGCGUUUACGAGGAUGUAGCUCGUGACACGAAUCGCGGGCAUACAGUCAAGGCGGUGUGUGAGACGUUUCAUCUGGCCAAGGAUGCUGGGUACAAAGUGGUGGCGCACAUGAUGCCAGACCUGCCCAAUGUGGGUGUAGAGCGGGAUAUGGAACAAUUUAAGGAGUAUUUCGAGAACCCGGCUUUCCGCUCUGAUGGUUUAAAGCUUUAUCCGACCCUCGUUAUCCGUGGAACGGGUCUAUACGAGUUAUGGCGGACGGGGCGGUAUAAAAACUACACGCCAUCGUUUUUGGUCGACGUGAUUGCACGUAUCCUGGCGCUUGUGCCGCCAUGGACACGAGUCUAUCGUGUCCAGCGCGAUAUUCCUAUGCCGCUUGUAUCCAGUGGCGUCGAGAAUGGCAACUUGCGCGAGAUGGCCCUAGAGCGCAUGCGUGACUUUGGCGUGACGUGUCGCGAUGUGCGUUAUCGCGAGGUUGGUAUUCACGAAAUCCAUACCAAAGUGCGCCCUGAAGAGAUUGAGUUCCUGCGUCGUGACUACAUGGCGAACGGCGGCUGGGAAAGCUUUUUGUCGUAUGAGGACCCCGAGAACGACAUUCUCGUGGCCCUUUUGCGUCUGCGCAAGUGCUCUAGCAGUGGCACAUACCGCCCGGAGCUGACCAAGGAUGGACAAACAUCCAUUGUGCGCGAACUACAUACCUAUGGUAGCGCUGUGCCCCUGCACAGUCGCGACCCUACGAAGUUUCAGCACCAGGGCUUUGGCACGCUACUGAUGGAGCAGGCUGAACAGAUUGCCCGCGACGAGCACGGCAGCGUCAAGAUCGCCGUUAUUUCUGGAGUCGGCACACGCGACUAUUACCGUCGUCUUGGCUAUGAACUCGAGGGGCCGUGUACGUACCGCCACAAGGCACUGACCUGGCAGACAUGA